GAUAUCCCUUCAAGGUAACCCGCUCCUUAUGGUGUCGGGUCAUAACUUCCUUAUUCUGACUAGUGGAAGUGCUUUGCAACGUAAAAAAAGGCUGAAAUUACUUAGUGGUUAUCAUAUCAGUAUAUGACGGAGCCUCAAGCUGUUCGUCGAAAGCGUGCUUUAUCAUUCGCUGGAUACUCAGAGCUUCCCAAACUUUCCAGCAAUGUUACAACUGCACAGCCACCCACCAUCAGUCGAACUCGUCGCCCAUCGUUUAUGUGUUUUGGGGAUCAUUCAACUCCUAAUGAAGUUUCUUUGGACAUUUCUAACAAGUUGAAAAAUGCAAAUGAUACAAACCUUUCGUUUUCCGGUGAUCUUUUGUUGGCGAAGGAUCCGUUAAGUUUCAAAAAGUUUGGAACAAGCAAUUCUCAUUUGUGUUCAAGAAAGUCUUCAGUCGCCACAGUUAAAGGUCAUUUUUCAUAUAGCUGUGAUCCGACUCCUAAAAUGUCACCGAAGCAACAGAAUUCUUAUUCUGAUUUGAUGGACUUACCGUUGCAAUCAUUUGAUCCGUCGUUACCUCAUUAUUCUGAUUAUAUUCUCCCGAAUGGUCCACUGUCUUCAAAGCUUGUUAAACUUUACCUUGCCAAGCUUACUGCAUCGAAACUUUCGGAUAAUAACUGUCCUGUGAAUUCAUCACGAUCAAUAUCUUCAAAGACUUGUACACAUAAUGAACUUCAUUGUCUGCCAGAAUAUAUGCAAAUUCGUUCGCCGAAUCUUGCCUCUAUGGUUAUGCCAGUGAAUCAAAUUGUUCGAGCAUAUGCUAACCGAAACAGCUUUAAAUGUGAACAAGAUAUUUCUUCACACGGGGAAUCAAAAGAAAAUUUGAAUUUACUAAGUGCUUAUUUCAAUGAUCGGAAUGCUUUCACAGAUGCAAAUUAUUCAAGUGGGUUGAGUGAUGUAGAAUCAUGGAGUCGUUCGCGUUUUUAUGAUUCUAUCAAAAAUGGAUAUCUUUCAGAUAACCAUCUCAUAGAGGCAGCUUCAGAAGCACAGAAACUCAGUAUUCGUAAAAGGGAAUUGGAGCUGCGUUUAAAUAUGCCAUCUGGUUCUAACAGCGUCUCUUCUUGUGGUACACAAGCAACUUCAAGUUUUGGGCUUGCAACACAUUGGUCGAAAAUCAAUUUUUCAAAAUAAGCUUCAGUGUUACAGUUACUGACUACAUUUUUGCACCUCAGAGCGCCGAAUCAAACACUCGAUGAAUGCAAUCAUAGUCCGAACCCUUCAACAUUAAAAAGUCUGUAAUAUUAAACAGGCUACAUAAGGAGCUCAGGAGGAGAGAACUUGAACAAACACCCUACGCAGUUGAAUCGUCGACCAUUAACACCUAAAUUUGAAUUCACUCACGUUUAUGAUGGCUUAUUACCACCUGGUUUAAAGAAUACUAAUAAAUCAUUAGCUAAUUCAAUGAAUACUUCCCAGACAAAAUUGAACUCCAUCGGAGAUGGUUUUGAUGAUAAGAACUCAUCUUUAUAUAAUUCAGUGCCUAAUUUGCUAAAUAUUCAUUCAAAUCAUUCUUAUUCGGUGAAUAAUGUGACUUUGAAUAAGUUUGACUCUGUGAACACGAAUGGUAAACGAUUUGAGCGUUUACGAAAUCUCUUGACAACUCUUAAGGGAGAUAAUACAAUGAAUAAAGGAGAGGAUGAUAAAUACUUCUAUAUGGAUGAGAAAUCAUUGAAACAUCGUAUAGAGUGUCAGGCAUCGAAUGUAAUUUCACCUGUAUCCUUUUGACUAAUUCUUUUUUUUUUUCAUUUAUACAUAUAUUUCCUUUGAAAUUGCUCAUUAUAUUGCUUUCCCUUCCAAUAUUUUCUCCAUGAGAUCUCCAUCACUGUUUAUAGUUUUUCAUCUUUUCUACUUACAUAUUGUUCUAUUUACAUUUUACUCGCCUAAUUAUGCAUAUUUUAUGAUAUUUAAGUAACAUACAUUAUACGUAGAUUUGUUAUUGCUUUUUUCCUUUCAUAUUUUGUAGAAAAAUCACAUCAGAUGCUAUCAGUUAUAACUGUGAAUAUAGCUUAUCAUAAGAAUGACUUAUCACUUCAUUGUUAAAAUGAUUCCAUUGUAUUAGUGUUUUCCUGACUGUCAUUAUUGUUACUACUUUAACUGAAUACCCUUUUUAUUAUUUUCAUUAUUAUAGAGAGAGUAAACUGUAUAUUCAGUUUGUUUCUUCUUGCUUUAGUAAAACUAUCCGGAUAAUUAUUUUCAGUAUUUUCUCAUUGAUUCUAUUGUUUUCCUUAUUAUAUAAUGGUUUUUCUUCUUUUGUAUUUAUUGAUGAACGAUGAUGUUUGCAUUAGCGAUUGGGGGUUUCAUUCGAUCAAGGUAUGAUAGUGUUAUUUAGUCCAUUAUAUUGCUGUAAAGUUGAUGCAAGUUGUUUUCUAAGUGUUUUGAAGCUGAUCGAAUGUAGAGGCAAUUCUUUUUGGCCA